ACUUGAGCUGUCUGUAAUAAUGGGUUGGACCAGCCAGGACACCAUGUUGUUGCCCCAGUGUCCGUGCUAAUGUUACUGUUCAACGCUCUGCAGUGUUUAUACAAGCGUGUUUUGCCACACGUUAAUAUUAUCGAAGCUGUUUUUUCACUGUCGUGUUAUUGUUGAAUGCCCUAGCUCUCAAGUCAGCAACUCUUGAAAGAUUUCAGCAACCUUCAUGAGACUUCAGCUUUGUGAGCAUCUAAAGCAGGGGUUGCCAACACGUCGACUGAAAUAUUAGAAAAAAUAAAUGGAUUAUCACAUCAGUGCCUUCCCCUGCUGGAGAGUGACCAACAGGCAUGCGUUUUGACCACUAAACACGCCCAUAAGCCUCGCCACUCUCCAGCACGCAAGCCCCAGCCAGGAGACCAGUCCCCAAAACCUGUCCGGAGGUACCAGUGCACACCGCACAGCUCGCCUCGCCCCGCAAGUGUUGAGCAAGCGGUGUGCAGAGAGAGCGAGAGAGAGAGCCCAGCAAUGUUUCUGCACACAGUAAUUAUUGCACGUUCAUAUGGUUCAAAAUCUGCCUUCGAUACCUCAAAAUGAAGGCACACAUACAACUCCAUAGACGUGCACCUCCAAAAAAAACCCUGGCGCUGCGGCGACUCGGAUCGUGAGGGCUGACCGUUGUAACGCGUUGACCAGCUCCUCUCUCCUCAGUCACCAUCGCUCGCCCAAGACACUAAGCCAAAUAGGGUUGUGGUUCAUAGAGCCGUCGUCACAAGCCCAACCCCGACGAAGAUCCACAAAAGUAGGGGCGUCUAAAGUGCGAAGUGCAGCCCAGGGGCCAUCCGCAGCAAGUGGCUCAUUUGCCAUUUUGUCCCUUCAGAAACUAAAUAAAAUUAAAACGGCAAACAUGGUAAAAAUAGAGCAGAAGGCGGAAAUGUUGACACCAACAACCAAUGAUAACAAAGAUUUGUCUCUAAAGACAAAGCUUUGAGUAUGUAUCACUUCUUUCUUUUUUGACGUAUGAUAUUGUCUACUAUGUGUACACAGUGGUUUCUCAGUGUGGAACUGACCACAUUUCUGCUCUGACGGGAAUCUGCACAGUUUGGGUUUAUGUGAGGAAGCGGUGUGGUUGUCGGCUGACAUAUAAAAACGCUUCCUUCUCUGAGAACAUUCAGAGGGCUCAACAAGCCUCCUCCUCAUUCAUCUUCAUGCAGAGUUAUGAGUGUGCUUUGUGUGUGACCUACUGUAUUUCGGUGAGUUUUACAGUAUUACCUAUGUCCAGCACAGCAUUCAAUUUGCAUUGCAGGAUAUUUUAAAAUAGUAAUGAUUCACAUUUUUUUUUAUUAUAUGCCAGGCUUUUUAACCCUAUGGAAUUGGUUUAUAAUAUUGACUCCUUUAAUGGUUUUUGUUAUUAUGGUCUUUGAUUGUUGCAAAAAAGUGAAAUGUAGAUAUGGGAUCGCUUGGGUUGCUUUUAUUUACCAUUAUUAAAAAAUAAAAUAAAUAAUUAUUCAGAAAAAUUAUGAAUGAUGGACUGCAAAAAAAUACAGAUAAUGAUUAUGUUUGAUGUAUUUUUUUUCUGCUCUGUUGGCAGAUUAUUUUUUUACGACUUAAAAAACAAAUUAAGGGAAAAAAAAAGUCCAAAAUACUUAUGGUAUAUUUUCCACUUUUUGUCUCUCCAAAUUAAAUGUGGUGUGUGUGCAUUUAAUCCUAAAAUCACAACACAGCAGUGUGAAUGCGCAGAAAUUAAGCAAUUCAGCCACUGUUGUUACACUGUAAGUAGUAUGCACAAACAUGGGCUACAAAUGUGAAUUCCAUGUUAGUACAACAGGCUGUCAAAAUGCAUUUUCCUGCCAUCCUCUGGUCAAGCACUGUGUGAUCAUAUUAACUUAGUGUUCUCAAAGGGUCUGCAGUCUGUCAGAAACUAAUCUAACAAAAGAAAACCAUACAUGUUGUAAUGACAUGUACGAUUAAGACCUAGAUACUGGAAUAUGUCUUUUUUUGUUGUUCUAGAUGAAUGUUAUGCAGGUUUUCUUUCCCUCCAGCAUGAUGCCUCGUUCUUUCUUGGUAAAACGAGGAGGCUUACAGACUCUUCAGUCAGAACAGAGUACUGGGAUGAUUGCAGCUGAAAAAGAGAAGGGGCCCUGGUGCGUAUCCCUGGGGGAUGCCCCAACAGACACGCAGGAUAUUGGCACAGUCAUCGUCGAAUCGCUGCAGAAGUUUCCUGGUGUUCCGAAUACCACUGUAUGGUCCAGACCUCAUGUGAGUUCAGAAAGGCAAGUCUCGUCAGGACUGGAAGUCUUGCAUCAGUGCUUCAAGGUCCAGAAGCACUGUGACGAUUCCAAGAACACUUCUACCAGGCAGGAGUGUCCUCUCUGUGGGAAAAUAUUUACACAUGUGUCCAGUUUCAAGAGACACAUAUACAAGUGCCAUGGAAUCAGGGCCCCAGCACAGAUGCUGCCCUACACAACAGAUAGUGACUCAUGCAGUGUCAAGGAAAGGGCGUAUGGCUGCACAGUGUGUGGGAAAACAUUCAAGCGCUCAUCCACCCUAUCCACUCAUCUGCUUAUCCAUUCUGACACUCGGCCCUAUGCAUGCCAGUAUUGCAACAAACGAUUCCACCAGAAGUCUGACAUGAAGAAACACACCUUUAUACACACUGGCGAAAAGCCCCAUGUGUGUCACGUAUGCGGGAAAGGCUUCAGUCAGAGCUCCAACCUCAUCACCCACAGCCGCAAGCAUACAGGCAGCUGGCCGCACCGCUGCCCUCGCUGCCUCUACAGCUUUCAGGACCGAGUGGAUCUGUGGCAGCACCAGUGUGCCCACCACUAACACAUACACAGGCAUCUUAUUCCGAGACUACGGAGACCUACAGCAGCUGACUAUAUUUCCUUUCAGACAUACUGUAUAGUAUAGUAGAGUUGCUGUGCUUUGAAGCAACUGAGCCAUAAUGCAUAGCAAAUAUUGACAGCCACCAGGAGAGCUCACACAAUUGUUGUAUAAAUAAUUGUAAUUGUUUACAGCAGAAAGAAAUUUAGAAAGAAAAAUGAUUAUUCGUUUGGUACCUCUCAUUACCACUUUCAACCACAAAAUGCCCGUGUUUAAAAACAGUACUCUGCAAGAGGCUACCACUAAUUUUUCACAGCAAUCAUCAAUUUGACACAGUAAAACAGUAAAUAGAAGUACAGACACAAUAGCGGAUAUAAACUAAAAUACCAAGCCAAUUUCCACCUAACUUUGUAGAGCAGUGGCUCGUGGACCAAGCAAGAAUCCGUCACAUUUUGGUGAGGAUCUGGAUAAAAUGGCUGUUACAGGGAUUUAUUAUUACAGUUUGAGCCACUAUGGCAUGAAAGAUAUGGUUCCCCCCCCAUUUUGAAAUAUUUUCAAACUUUGCAUGCAUGACCUAAGCAUGAUGCUUUUAACCGUUGAGCUUCUUUACACAAAUUGAAACAAAAAUAAAAAUGAUAAAAGUUAAAAUAAUGACAGCAGUUGCAGUUGCUAGUACUUUUUUUUUUGCUGCUAGUACUAAUAAUUUAUGUUAACGUGUAAUUAUGCAAAGGCACAUGUAAAAUAGAUUGCAGUAGAUUAGUUUAUGUUUACGCUAAAAUAACUACAAUUCCCAUGAUGCUUAGAGGGCCGUACCAAGAAGCAGUGAAAUAGACGCUAUCAUGUGUUUUGAUAAAAAUCUUGUGCACCGAUCAUGUUUUCAUCCGACAAAUCUUAAGUUUGAUCAAAUGUUGACUUACUACAACUUCUGCUUGGACAUUAACACUGUGACAGCUGUUGAACUGAAUGAAAAAAAAAGCCACACGUCGAGAGCGAGUGACGCUGGAAACACGGAGGUAGGUUGGAUUGCAAGGAUUACAUAAAGCACGUAAUGUGCAGUUCCAAUCCUGCCUCGUGCACCUCCAAUUCUAUAUUGCGUGUAUUAUCAUUCACAGUAGCGAUGCCAUAGCUCACAGUCUAAUAGAGUUCUAGCUGCCCUGUUCUCAGGAGACAGAUUGUCUGUAAACAAGAAGUAUUGCCACGUUUGGAUCUCGCGACAUAUACAGAUUUUUCUUUUAGGCCUAAAGACUUUUGCACUGUCCUGUUUAUUGAACAAUACACCUUGUGGAACCAGACUUGUGGAACAUGAAUGGGGUGAGGUUCCACAUAGGGUUUACAUCCUGUCAAUUCUGUACCUUUUUGGAGUGGUAGAUUUCAUCACCUGUGGCGUUAAUAUUUCUCAACAAGCACGAGGAAGCUGGAGUCCAUUUGUUUUUUUUCCCUGAAUUGGUGUGUGCUUUAGCCAUUUCUGUUCUACCCUCUUUUUUUUUUCUUUUGUCUAAUUGCUAAGAUAUUUCAAGUAAAAUUAAUUCUUGAGACCAUUUUAUUGUAGAAAGCUACAUUAAUAUCGAUAUUUAAAUUGCAUUGUUUAUUAUUGUUAUGACUGUCUUAAGUAUUUAAUAAUUGAAUCCGUAUUCUUAAAAAUACAAUUGACUAAUCAUUUUCCCCACUUUUCGCUCAGACAUUUUUACUUUACUCUACACAAGUGGUUCCCAAACUUUUUACAGUCGUGUACCCUUUCAGACAUAUGAUUUAAAGCCAUGUACCCCUGUUCCUGUACACUUAAAAAAACAUAAACCGUUUUAUCUUAAUUAACUUGAAAUAUUCACCAUAAUUAAUUGGUUAAUUAAUUUUAUAGUACUGUACUUCCUGGUCAAAACAUUCAAUUUUGCAUGGUCACAUUUUGAAAGUUUCACAUGAGCACUAGUAAAUAGAUAAGUAAUCAUCCUACAUAUCUUCUAUUCCUUCAAUAUGAAUGGGUUGAAUUUGAACAUCACUUUUUUUGUCCAGUCACGAUGGCUAUGGUUUAAGUCUGAAUAUUAAUUUAAGACCAAAUUGAAGGGGACAGUUUAACAAUCACAAUCCAAAGUAUAAAAAUACAUACAACUAACGACAAAGCCUCAUUUUCGGCGGAAUUCCCACUCACAAUGACAGGUUUUCACCACUGCACUAUGCGGAGAUUGGAACACCAAUAUAAAGGAAAUCUUAAACACUCAUAAUACACAAAAUAAUUAUCAAACUUGCUUAUUUGUUCAUAUGAUGCACACACAGCAAUGAACAACUUCAUGCUCUGUCUCUUUUCUGCCCCAUUCUCCUUGCGGCGUGAGGCGUUCAGGCACACUCAUGAUUGUAAAGUAUAAGCGCUAAUUGUUUUUCAUUUUUAUUCACGUACCCCCGUGACAAUUGGUUUACCCCUGGGGGUACGCAUACCCCACUUUGGGAACCUAGGCUUUUCACAUUAGUUUUGAAAAAGACAUUGGGAUAUUUGAUCAGUCGGGGUGCGUUCUACCUUAGUCCUGUAAGUCUCAACACCUGUGAUAGGCUCUAGCUUCCUCAUGAAAAGGAUAAGCAGUAUAUAAAAUGUUUAGAGAGCUGGAUAGACAUUAUUUUCGGACUUUUACAGCCAAUAAAACCAAUGAAAAUGAAAUGUAUUUUCAUCAUAUUCAACCAGGACACGUGUUGGUUUUACUUUGCGUGAUGUUUAUUGAGUGUUGAGGAGGGCUUUCUUCAUUGCCUUGUUGUCGCUCCUAAAAGACUCUGUUGGUUUUGUACCACUGAGCCCUGGCCACGACAUCGCUGGAAUAGUCAUCACCACUGGUGCCCCUAUCCAUUCCACCCAAGGUUUGCACAUUUUUGGUGCCAAAGUUGUAGGAGGCUAUCCCACCUGUGAGGGUUAAAAUGCAAAUGAGUAAAAAGAUGUGUUGUUGAUAUACUGUAUGUCUGUGCUGUCAAUUGACAAACAAACCUUUGAGUUGUUGUUCUGCAGUCCAGUUAGGAAACUUUUUUUUAAUUUCAUUUAUGAAACCAAUCAAGAUCUUCGUGCCUUGAUGGAGGUGUUCCACGCUGUUCCAUGCACCUUGUAGCGUGUGAUACCUCUUAUCAACCUGGGAAGAUUAGAAGGUAAUAAGAUGAUAAGCAAAAUCUUAUUAAUCCCAGAGAAAUUCUGACCGAAGAGUUCAUGUUUUUAUCCGCUUUUGUUUUCUAUUUGGUUGCUGUUUAUUUACUCAACUGUGGAGAGUAUCAGGUGUUUGAAGGAGUCGUGUUCCAUUCAUUGGUUGACAGAGAACUGGCGCUUGUGUGUUACAAUGACAAUGUAAUGUGUUACAAAUCGGGUGUAGUGUACCCUGUGUACGCCUUGUUGCUCCGAUCCAUGCUCAAGUUUGAUAACCUUCCCCUCCUCUGGCAUGAUUGGAAGAGGUGGUGGGUUAGGGCUCAUGUAUGCGGACAUACGCUCACGUAACGUAAACGCGUCAUAGGGUAAUGUAAUGAUUUUACCAGUUUUUUAAUGACAGUGCUUUAUCAUAACCACUACCUUUCUCAGUAGAAGACUAUGGUUUUUAUUAUUUAUUUAUUUUAAAUUAACGCCAUCACUCCUCUUGCAAGUUAUAAAUGACAGCUGCCACCUUGCAUAAACUGAAUUAAGUCAAAAAAUGUGUCAGGAAGAGAAAAAAAACAGAAGUCACACUGUAGAUUUUUUUUUCUCGCAAAAUUCAAGACUAAGAACAGACAUUUAAUCUGGAAAGGCAAGCUAUUCAGCUACAUAAUAGCAUACAGAAAAACAGGCUGAAUAGGUGUGAACGUGACACAUUAACAGUUACAGUCCAGCUACGCCAUACCAUAAAGAACAUACCUGGAAGGCUGAAAAAGUUAAAUUAACAUAAGCCAACCAGUCCAACAAGCAAAUUAGCAGUAAGGAGGUUCACCAAGCUCCCACUCUCAUUACAUUUCACUGAAUACAUUCAUUAAUUUUCUAUGCUGCUUGUCCUCACUUAUUAUUUAACUGUAGUCUGUGCACAGGUAAGAAGGACUGGAAUAAAUUUGGAUUUGAUCAACUGUAUCUGUUGAUUUGUCCUAAUCAAAUAUAAUGACAUUACUACUACCACAUCACUACUAACAGGAGAGCCAGAAUAUAGAACGGAGGGAGCCACCUGCUGUGCACCAUAUUCGGACACACGCUCCAAGCAGUCGGUGUGCUGCUACAGAGGUCAGGAGAACCAGAGUAUGGAGCGGUAGGAGCCACCUGGCACGGCCCAGCAUGGUGCGCUGUAUCCACGCACACGCUCCAAGCAGCCGGUGUGACGCCAUGGAGGUCUCUGGCAAACCUUUUGCACUUUUCAAAUGCUGAGGCACAACAAGCUGUAGGCGUCGUAGCGAUGCUAGCAUUUCAGGUGGCUGAUAAGGUUUUUGGUGUGCUCGAUGGGGUUCCCUUUAUUGCGGAGCAUUUAGUUAACCAGCAUGCGAAAUGUAUUCCUCAGGGGACGUUAUGACAGGCCGUUAAUGUCACACUCGCACACCUGAUGUGCUCAACCGCACAGUAAUCUUGCCUUAUUGGAGCGUUUUUGGUUGGUUUUUUUUUUUUGGUAAUCAGAGCUAUUUUUUACGUUAUCGGAUUUAUCGGUAUGACGUCAUAAUUCCCUCAUAUCGGCCCUAUAAUUAGGAUAAUUAUCGUGCACCCCUAUACACUGGCCUCCAAACGUUUAUCUUGCCAACAGUCAAGCAUGGUCUGGGGCUGCAUGAGUGCUGCUGGCAUUGGGGAGCUGCGGUUCAUAAAGGGUCUUUAGCCCCCUACUCCUUACAGAUUGAUCCGCUGUUACUACCUUAUUGUAUUCAUAAGACAUAUACCAACCUGCAUGAGGCCCCAGGCAUUACCAUUGUCUCCCCAGCCAUCCGUCAGUGCAUUCCCAGCCCGGGAUUCUCUGGAGAUGAUGCCAGCAAUAAUAGCAGGAUCAAGUCCCGUUUCCUCUCCCACUUUGGUGAUGUUGAUCUUGUAAUUGUUCAUUUUGGACAGAUCUGUUUGUGCCAUGGCAUGAGAUGCUGCCACACCUUCAAAGAAACACAACACUGAGGUACAUGGCAGUGAUGACACAAGUGCAUCCACAGUCCUCAGCUGGCAAGUGGACACUAUUACCCGUGAAACUCAGCUGGUCCUGUCCAGAUGUUUUCUUCCCUGCACCUGUUGUUUCAACCUUCAUGAUGUCCCCGUAAUCUUAACAACAAAAAAAUCAAAUUAAAUGUCUUCAUUAGACUAUUUGUUAUCAAAUGGGAUGCAGCCUCACUCAGCAGCUCACAGCUUGAACAUUUAGGACAACCUUCACCAUAAGAAAGAAGCUCUCACCCAUUGUCCUUAGUCUUCUUGUACGUGGUUCUCUCCACCUGGAGCAGGAAACAACCAGCUCGGUUAUUAUCGUUUAAACACAGUCAUUAAAAAAAACUCCUAAGAAGAAGUUGUGAAGAACAAAAACUCAACAUGCAGAUUAAAUUCACAUGUCAGUUGAAAGUGGGAAGAAGUUUUAUUUAGUCCCCACCCCUGAAUAAAUAACUUCCCCCUCCUCAGCAUAAGGCUCAACAAUAGUUUUUCCUAUUUCAAUGUAUUGGAUGAAUUAAUACCAGAGUUUCACAACAUGUACAUCUAUUUAAAAAUAUUUAGAACAAUAAAAAUGUUGCUAAAAUGCAAAUAUGUGUUUGUAUAGUAAAAGUAUUUUUCAGUCAAACCUGUCAAUAGUAUAUUGAUUGGUCUGGUACAGGAAAUGUAUCCUAAUAUAGUCCCUUAUAUGAACCACUACUGUAUGUACAUGUACUAAUGUACACUAUGUACUACAAGUAUUCAUUAUUGUAGAUAUGAAAUUGUUCCAAACAAAGUCAUUGGUAUUGUACAUAUUUUUAAAGCAAACGUUAACAAAUAAAUAAUGAAAUACUAUUUAAAUGAAUGCCAUUCUGCGCUGAGCCAGCAGAUGGCCUAUUGUAUCUACUGUGGAUAGAUAGACGGAUACAUCCACUCACUUGUGCUUGGUUCUGUCUCGUCAGUGUUCAGCGUGUCUUGCAGACAGUCAGCCUCCUGCAGUCUUCUCCCAGCUCUGUUUCCGCUUUUAUAUUGUACGUUCACUCACCCCUAUUCUCUGACUUGUCCAUCCAGUUCACCAAGGGGAUUUCCCAGAGCUUUCUUUCUUGUUUGUUUCUUUCUUACGCUAGGGCAGCGAUCUUACUUUUACUUUUCUUUUUUCUCGUCACGACUGGCGAGCAGUGUACCGGGCACUUCUCACUGUUUGACAUAUUGUAAUAUAUCCUUACCCUCAUGUCAUUCAUUCAGGUUUUCCUCAUGGAAUUAUGAUUUUAUUGUGAAAAAGUGCAUGAAAAUAUAUAUUGAAAUCAUGUUUGUUAUUUUUUGCUUUUAAAAAUUUAUUUUCUUGAAUUUUAAGCAUACAAUCGUCCCUCGCUCCGUCGCAGUUCAAACAUCACUCCCUCACUCUAU